AUGUCAGAAUUAACAUCCAUCCAAGACGACACAACAACGCCCGAUUCUACUACUACACUCUCUCCAACUGCUGCUAACUCUGAAUCAACUUUCAUCCAGGACGACACGACAACAACUACUACAACACUCUCUACCACUGCCACUGACACUGAAUUAACAUCCAUCCAAGACGACACAACAACAACACCCGAUUCUGUUUCUACACUCUCUCCAACUGCUGCUAACUCUGAAUCAACUUCCACUCAGGACGACACGACAACAACAACUACCACUACACUUUCUCCAACUGCCGCUGACUCUGAAUCAACUUUCAUCCAGGACGACACGACAACAACUACUACAACACUCUCUAACACUGCCACUGAUACUGAAUUAACAUCCAUCCAAGACGACACAACAACAACACCCGAUUCUGUUUCUACACUCUCUCCAACUGCUGCUAACUCUGAAUCAACUUCCACUCAGGACGACACGACAACAACAACUACCACUACACUUUCUCCAACUGCCGCUGACUCUGAAUCAACUUUCAUCCAGGACGACACGACAACAACUACUACAACACUCUCUAACACUGCCACUGAUACUGAAUUAACAUCCAUCCAAGACGACACAACAACAACACCCGAUUCUGUUUCUACACUCUCUCCAACUGCUGCUAACUCUGAAUCAACUUCCACUCAGGACGACACGACAACAACAACUACCACUACACUUUCUCCAACUGCCGCUGACUCUGAAUCAACUUCCACCCAGGACGACACGACAACAACUACUACAACACUCUCUACCACUGCCACUGACACUGAAUUAACAUCCAUCCAAGACGACACAACAACAACACCCGAUUCUGCUUCUACACUCUCUCCAACUGCUGCUAACUCUGAAUCAACUUCCACUCAGGACGACACGACAACAACAACUACCACUACACUUUCUCCAACUGCCGCUGACUCUGAAUCAACUUUCAUCCAGGACGACACGACAACAACUACUACAACACUCUCUAACACUGCCACUGACACUGAAUCAACCUCCACCCAGGACGACGCGACAACAACUACUACAACACUCUCUACCACUGCCGCUGACUAUGCUCCAGGAUGGAAGUGUACAUCUUCGAAAUGUUAUAGACGGUAUGAUGAGCAGCAACGAAACUGGGCAGAUGCUAAGGCAUCCUGUUCUGGAUUAGACCAGGUGAACACUCCGUAUGGAUACAGAUCGCCUUCUCUACUCUUUCUCAACACUAAAGAAGAGGCCAUCUUUCUUCGGGACACUUUCGACAUGAACAAGACCGCGUGGAUCAACUGCAACGACCAGGCAAAAGAGGGUGAUUUCGUUUGUGAUGUCGAUGGUAAUGGAACUUCACCAAGCUCAUUUUGGUGGAACGACGGAGAGCCCGACGGUAGCUCCUAUGGAGAAGCGGACUGUGUAGCAGUCAACCGCUGGAGGUCUGAACUUCUCAAAUGGUACGACGUACCAUGCUCGUGGUCAAUAUACACAAUUGGUCAGUUUAUAGUCGGACAGCCAGAACAGUAA